CGAAGUCCUUCAAAAUUCGAUAUUGUGAGAUAAAGUAGAAAAAAAAAGAAGGGAUAACCCAGCGCACCAAAAAAGAAAAGAAAAAAAGACACGAGCAAGUCCCUCUCACCUAGGAAAGGUAGAGAAAUAUCACGCAUCAGACAACAGAGAGAAACCAACGAAAUCCAGAACCCCUUUCCUGCAAACAUGGCCGAAGCAAUAGGCACAGCAAUAGGCGUGGUAGGCUUCCUCGGUCAACUCUUCGACGGCUGCGUCAAGGCAUACGGCUACUUCUCCGCGGCGGCCAACCUCGACGCCGACUCGCAGCGGCUGCUGUGCAAGGUGCGCAUCGAGGAGAUGCGCCUCGUCGUCUGGGGUCGCGGGUGGGGCGUCGCCGAGGGCCGGCUGGAGGCGCACCUGAACGGGUUCAGUCGCGAGGCAGGUGAUCCAAGGAUGGCCGGGUUGGCCGAGGGGAUCAUGAGGGAGUUGCACGCUACUGUUACGGACUUUGGGAAGUUGAGGGAGAGGUAUGGGUUUGUGGAGGAUGGUGGUGGUCCUGAUGGAGGGACCGGGAAGUUGGGUGGUGGUGGUGGUGUUGAUGGUGAAAAGGGAGGGGAGGGGAAGAGGAGAGAUUGGAGGAAGGAGAUCUCGAGGAGGGCGAAGUGGGUUAUUGCUGACAAAGAGAAGUUCACAACCUUGUUAACAGACUUGAAAUACUUCAACGACGGCCUAGAACAACUCUUCCCACCACGCCUCCUCCCCUCCCUCCACCGCUCCUGGCGCCACUCCCUCCUCGACUCGGCCCGCCGCGACGUAGCCCAGCUCGCCCUCCUCGAGUCCUCCUCCGCAGACUCCUACCCGCAGCUCACCGCCUCCGCCAACCUGAAAAAGCUACGCAUCAACCUCGACGCCGAGCCCCAGGCCUCCUUCCGCCCGACCUUCGCCUUCCGCAUCCCCCGUACGGACCUCGAUCUGAGCUCCUCGCCAACAACCACGCCGUUACUCUCACCACCGUUACCAACAUCCCCAACCCCGGGGGCCAAACGCCGCAACUCCUCCACCGCGAAGCCAGCCCCCUCACCCUCCUCAUCCUCCCUGAACCUCCUCUCCCUGACAUCAACAUCAACGACAAACACAACCCGCACCCACGCAACGCACACAACCCACGGCCCAGUCCUCGUAGAAUGGGUAGAAUACGACCCCUCCUCGCCCGACGAACGCUUCCUCCAUCUCCGCCGCCUCGAUGACCUCGCCCGCAUGAUGCACUCGGCCUCCUCCAACCACCCGGACCUACACACGAUAGACUGCGUAGGCUACACCGACGACGCGAACAACGCCCGCUACGGCCUCGUCUACCGCUGUCCCUUGCUCACUCAACCAUCCUUGCCUUCGGACUCCCUGCCUAUCACAAAGACCAAGACCAAGACCAAGGCCGACACCGUAGCAGCAGCAGCAGCAGCAGCAGAAUCACCACAGCCACAACCAGCAACAUCCCACUCAACGCUCCACACUCUAAUCUCCUCCCCAGACCUGAAAACGCCAGACCUAGGCGACCGCAUAACCCUCGCGUCAACCCUCGCCUGCGCCCUCUGGUCCCUCCACUCCCUAGACUGGCUCCACAAGUCCCUAUGCAGCGCAAACAUCCUCUUCUUCCCUUCCGCCGCCUCCCUCGCCGCAAUUCGCGCUACGACCGUCUCCGCCGCCGUCGUCCCGGACAUCGGGUCCCCGUACCUAGUCGGCUUCGAUGCCUCACGUCCAGACUUUGACGCCGAGAUGAGCGUCAACCCGCGGAACCCCAGCAUCCUCGAUCUCCACAGAGAUCCCCGAUCGCUGGGCACUGGUCUCGGGAGGAAGCAGUACUGCAAGGGCUACGACGUGUACAGCCUAGGGCUUGUAUUGUUGGAAAUUGGGCUGUGGAAGGUGCUGCAGACAUACUACAAGCCGCAUUACUCGGCGGAGAAGUGGAGGGAUAGGGUCAUCCUGCCAGUCUUGGUUCCAGGACUGGGGAGCAAGACCGGAAAGCUGUACAAGCAGGUGGUUAAAAGGUGUCUGACGGCCAAUGAUGACAUGUCCAGCAGUGAGGCUGGGCAACUCAUGGAAUGGGUGGUCACAACGUUGGAAAGUAUACGCACAUAGGACCCUAGAUAUUCACUACGACAUCAGCAAAAAAUAGCUCGUAUGGCCCAACAGUGUCAGGACACAAGAGGAGGAGGAACACGAGGCCGGUGCCUCGGUUGUCAUGCAUUCUUUGAUAGCAACUUGUAGUGUGUGAAGAGUGUCGAAGGAUGGUGAUCCACAAGCAAAGGUGAUACGCCCCCCUCCGUUUCCCAAAUCAGCAAAAGGAAAGAAAAAAAUGAUAUAAAACAACACCGCCGAGGACUGCCAAGUUGUUGACUGACUUCAUCCACGGACGGCUCAAUCCGGUUUCCUGUCCCCUAAUCGCCCCUGCCAUCGCACAAGAUUCAUAUCAGGUCGUGAUACUCUCCAGGAGAGGUUGAGUGAGUUUUCGGGCGUUUGCCAAGCCAAAACCAGCGAACAAGAAAAGUUGCGCGUGUCUCUGCACCGUAAGAACCCCCGACCAGAACAAGGCUUGAAUUUUUU